UACAGCAACUACACUUAUUCGAUUGCCGAAACCAAGUGAUCAAACUAAUCGUUUUUGUUUAUAAACAUACUUUAGAUCAAUUCAUAUCUAAUAAUUCCUAUGUACAUACUUCGCACAAGGCCAAGUUUGGCGUUGUUGCUAUGGUGAACAGAUGACGCUGCGCCACCGGAACACUCAGUGCGCGUGUUGUUGGUUUGCUGGACUAACGUUAAUUAAUCUGUAGACUACAAGUUUUGACUACUACGUCCCCCCCCCCCAAAAGUGCAAUAUUAUUUAACUGAAACAGCUUUUGUUUGAUCGUUAAUGUAUUUGACAAUGCACGCAAUGCUCACAUAAUACACGUGUUUAAUGGUAUUGUGGAUUGUUAAAUGGGAUUUCGCUUUUAUUAGCAACAAUGGCUUUUUAUGACGUUUACUCCCAUCCCGCUUUAAUAAGAUACAGAACACGCGUCUGCACGAGAGCAACACUGUUUGUCUGUGUGCUUUUAUGCCUCACGUAUAUUACACCUCUUCUGGUGGUUUACAGAAGUCAAGGCUUCUGGCUGAAGAGCAGCAAAUAUGAAGAGCAACCGGUCAUUCAGUUCCAGUAUGACAUGAUCGUGAUCGGAGCAACAGACACAGCAGGGAGUUAUAUAGCAUGGAGCACGUUUCCCAACUUUAAUCGAUUGAUUGGAGAUAAUUUACGCAUCCCAUCUGUCUCUGUCCAGGAGGAGGACAGAGACCAGGAUGGGAAAUCUGACUUUCUCGUGCUCCAGAUCAACAUCCCGCUCAAGCCAGAAGAACAGAUGUUCGGCAUCCAGCUCCUCCUUACCUUCUCAUACCAGCUGUUUCGUAUGUCUACGGUUGUGAUGCAGACGCUUGCCUUUGUGCAGCAUUCCUCGCCUGUCCCAGGAUCUCAGCUGUUCAUCUGUGGAGACCUGAAGCUAAACCAGCGAACUCCUCUUCCACACCGAGGUUUACAUAGUACCUACAAUGUAUCACUGAUCGAUGGAUCCAGUCUGUUUGCGAGUACAUAUGACCUGCCCAACAUCAUUAGACUCUACCAGCAGAGAAACUUGACUACUUAUCUCUCCGGCGUGAUUCCCGUGUGGACGGUGGGCAGAGCUGCAAAUUCUCCAUUCCAGAUCAGCGCCCAGAUCAACUAUACAGUAGAGAUUAUUACCUAUCGGCCGGGCUUCUGGGAAAUGAUCAAGUUUGCCUGGAUUCAGUAUGUCAGCGUCCUGCUUAUCUUUCUUUGGGUUUUCCAGCACAUUCAAACAUUCGUCUUUCAAAACCAGGUUUUACCAACCACCGCAGUAGCGCCGUUUAAACAGCACAGCUCCUGACAUUUUUGUGUGUUUGUACUUUUUAUUGUACAAUUAUGAGGACCUUCAUUUGUUAUUGAGGACUUGUGUUUGCUAAUGUUUGUCUAUAUACAUAGCUCUCUUUGUUCAGUUCAAGUGCAUUCAUAAGGAAUUCCCACCAGGAUGCUUGUGGAAUCGCUGCUUUUUCUGGUCUUAAAGUACUUCAUGUUCCACUACAUACUGCACAAAAUAUUCUUUGUUGUGUGGAAAGUCUGAUAAAAGAAAUAUUUCAAGUCAAACCUCAAACAAAGCGUGUUUUAUAAGCGAGUUAAACUAACUGAUAAACUCAGGUUGAAUAAAAUGGCCUCAGAGAACUCGUGCCAUUUGAUUUUUUUUUAAUCCACAAAUACCAUGACAAAUCCUCGAGGUAUACGUUCAGAAGGACAUUUUUCUUAAUUACUGAUUCCUCACGAGUAACAGUUAAAUGCAUAAUGCUCAUCAACACACAGUUGCAUUAUUAUGCUUGAUGUUUAAUUAGUGCUGUCAGCCACACAGGCAGAAAUGUUUCAUAAUAUUAGCAUGGUGUUUUGGUACAUGCUUUGAAUUUGGAUAUGUAAUGUUGCCAUUUGACAGCCUAUGUUACAAUAAAUAAUGUGAUAAACAUCAUCUGGAAGAUU